CUCCGUGUUCAACAGGGCUCUCGUUCCGCAGGGCAGUAUGUGGUCCAAUUCCAGACCAUCGCAUCAGAACUGCACUGGAAUAAUCAAGGUCUCAGGGCCGCCUUCUGGAGCGGUCUGUCGGAUUGUCUUAAGGACGAGUUGGUCACCAGGGAUCUGCCUGAUCAACUUGAAGAGCUAAUCUCGCUCUGCGUCACAGUGGUUCUCCGCAUGCGAGAGUGCGGUAGUGAGCGUGGUCAGACAGAUCAGACUAAGUUCUGGCUUCCCCCUCCCAGACGAGCUUCACCACCCAGUCAGGACAAACCCAUGCAAAUCAACCAUUCCCGUUUGUCUCCUGAAGAACACCAGCGUCGUUCUGAGGGGAAACUUUGCCUCUACUGUGGAGCAGCUGAUAAUUUUAUUAAGUUUUGCAAGUCUCGUCUGGGAAACGGGCAAGCCUAGCUUGUUCCGGAGGAGUCAAGUUGGGUGCCACGUCCAAAUCUUCUCCAGGGAUAGACUGCUUACUCUCUGUCCUGUUGUUUUCUGAAUCCGUUACAGAGUCUCUCCACGCCUAUUUGGAUUCCGGGGCCGCUGGGUACUUUAUCUCUGCCUGUUGCGCCCAGGAAAUGGGUCUGAAGUUGAAGUCCAUCGAUAGACCUAUUAUGCUGGCCACUACUAAUGGUACCCAAAUCUCCAAUGGAGUCAUUUCCAGUCACACGGAGCCGAUCAAAUUACAGGCAGGUUGGAGCUUUACAUCUUGAACGUCUGGAGUUUCUAGUGAUUCCGGAGAUGUCUCAUGAUCUAGUCCUCAGCUUGCUCCUCCUCAAGAUCUACAAUCCCCACAUCGAUUGGAAGUCCUCGCAAGUCCUAUCCUGGAGCUCUUGCUGUCAUUCUAGUUGCCUCACGCCUGUUUACCCGCGCUGGGUAUCUUCCAAAUCUGACAAAGAACUUCUUCUGGGGCCCUAUCAGGAAUACGCAGACGUGUUCUCCGAGCAAACAGCCGACCAAUUACUGUCCAAUAGAUCUAAUCCCUGGGAAGAUGCCGCCCCGAGGUUGCACGUCUUUGUCAGAGACCCAAGCUAUGUCAGAUUACAUCAAGUCAAAUCUCCAAAAAGGGUUCAUUCAUCCCUCUACCUCUCGAGCUGGAGCUGGUUUCUUUUUCGUUAAGAAGGACGGGGGCUUAAGACCGUGUAUUGACUAUCGAGGGUUGAAUGAUAUCACCAUCAAGAAUAGAUACCCAUUGCCAUUGAUCACGGAGCUGUUCGAUAAGGUUUGCGGAGCUCACAUUUUCACGAAGCUUGAUUUAAGGGGAGCUUAUAAUCUCAUACGAAUCAGACAGGGGAACGAGUGGAAGACUGCUUUUAACACCAGAGACGGGCAUUAUGAGUAUCUGGUAAUGCCGUUUGGUCUCAGUAAUGCUCCUGCCGUCUUCCAGGUAUUUGUAAAUGAGGUCUUCCGUGACAUGCUAUACCAGAGCGUAGUGGUCUAUCUGGGCGACAUUCUGAUCUUCUCCAGAACCCUCCUGGAACAUAGGAUACAGGUCAAGGAAGUUCUUCACCGUCUCCGUAAGAACCAUUUGUGAGGUAAAAUCUCUAAGUGCACCUUCGAAGUACCGUCAAUUCUUUUUCUCGGAUAUGUCAUCUCGGGGGCACAGAGCUUCGUAUGGAUCCGGAAAAGGUUAAAGCCAUCCGGGAAUGGACUCAACCACUCUCCCUGAAAGCAGUGCAAAGAUUCCUGGGCUUUGCUAAUUACUACAGGAAGUUCAUUAAGGGUUUCUCCACCAUAGUAGCACCCAUUACCGCCCUGACCAAGAAAGGUUCUAAUCCAAGUCUAUGGCCUCCUGAAGCUGUGGAGGUGUUUUCUCAGUUGAAAUCGGCAUUUUAUGUCUGCUUCGGCGCUUCAGCAGCCUAAUCUUGAGAAGUCCUUUGUCCUGGAAGUAGACGCAUCCUCAGUUGGUGUUGGAGCUGUCCUUUCGCAGUAGUCUUCGGAUGGGAAGUUACAUCCGUGUGGCUAUUACUCCCGAAAAUUUUCACCCGCAGAACGAAAUUAUUCCAUAGGAGACCAGGAACUUUUGGCAAUAAAAUCUGCCUUGGAGGAGUGGAGAUAUUUACUGGAGGGUGCUAAACAUCCUAUUACCAUCUACACCGAUCACAAGAAUUUGCUCUACAUUAAGACCGCUCAGUGUCUUAAUCCUCGCCAAGCUAGAUGGGCACUCUUUUUCACUCUGUUUUCAUUUAUCAUUAAGUAUCAGGCUGGAACUGUCAAUGUAAAAGCAGAUGCGCUGUCUCGCUCCCUGACCGCUUCCGACGAAGAGAGUUCGGUUGAAAAGAGCCUAAUUCUCAAUCCAGUAUCCAUCACCGCAGCUCCCACCUUCCUAGGUCCUCCACCAGGAAGGUCAUCCGUCCCGGCUGAGCUUCGCCCGAACUUGUUACAGUGGGCUCAUAUCUCCAAGUUUUCCGGUCACCCAGGAGCACAAAAAAAAGUUUGAAUUCUUGCAAAGGGCCUACUGGUGGCCCACCAUGAGGAAAGAUAUACAGGAUUACGUCCGCUCGUGCUCUCAAUGUACCCAACACAAAAUCCCUCGUCUACCUCCUGCCGGGUUACUCCGUCCUUUGUCCAUUCCUAGAAGGCUCUGGACCCAUAUCUCUAUGGACUUCAUCACUGAGUUACCCCUCUCCAAGGGCUAUAGCACCAUCUGAGUAAUUGUUGACCGCUUCUCGAAAAUGGCACAUUUUGUUCCGUUGACAGGUCUACCUACGGCUCCCAAAUUGGCUGAAUUGUUCAUCCGAGAACAUUUUUGGUUACAUGGGUUACCACAGAAGGUGGUUUCUGACCGAGGGGUUCAAUUCACCGCAAGAUUCUGGAGAGCACUCUGUACUGCACUACAAAUUAAACUCCAAGUUUUCUUCUACCUACCACCCACAAACCAGCGGACAAACCGAAAGAGUCAAUCAGGACCUGGAGACUUUUCUUCAUAUCUAUCUCUCACCUUCACAGGACGACUGGGUGGAGUUAUUGCCCUGGGCAGAAUUUGCUCAUAAUCAUCAGUACCAUACUUCCACUGGCGAUACUCCAUUCUACAUCAGCUAUGGAUUCCAUCCACGUGUCCCUGAAUUACCGAUUUUCUCUUCGAAGGAUGUUCCUGCUGUAACCACCACUCUGCAGCAUUUCAGUCACGUCUGGAAUAAGGUUCAUGCUAACCUCGAGAAUCUCCACCAGAUAUAAACUCUUUGCGGAUAGAAAACGGUGGGCAGUUCCUCAAUACAAGGUUGACGACAGGGUAUGGCUCUCCACCCACAACCUUCGUUUAAAGGUGCCCACUAUGAAAUUUGCUCCAAGAUUCAUCGGUCCUUAUCCAUUCCUGCAAGUCCUGAAUACUAUUGUCUGCAAAUUGGGUUUGCUGUCUCACUUUCGAAUACCGAACUCUUUUUCCAUGUUUCCUCCGCCCUCUCAUUUUAAAUCGUUUUCAUUCGGAUUUACCUAGACCAACCACCGGUGGAGACCGAAGCUGGAACAGAAUUUGAGGUCAAGGUUAGUCUCGAUUCUCGUUACUAUCGUAAAAAUCUGCAGUACCUGGUGAAAUGGAAGGAUUAUGGACCUGAGGAGAGAAGUUGGGUGAAUGCUACCGACGUUUCUGCUCCACGACUAGUUCGGAUCUUCCAUUCCAAGUAUCCAAUGAAGCCAGGGAAGUGACCAGGGGCCACUCCUAGAGGAGGGGGUACUGUCACAAAUAGGGAGCAACGGCCGCCGCGAUUACCCCUUCGCUGCGCGCUGGGUCCCCAGGGUGGUCUCUCUGCUCUAGGCUUAGGGGCCUGGCGUGCGGUCAGCGCUGCCUCCAGGGUCUCUCCGCUCCAUGGGCUCCCCCCACCAAUGAGAGCAGUGCGGGCAGUUCAAAAGGAAGCGCCGGCCAAAGCUCUGGCACCUGAGUAUCGUCACUGUACUAGUACUCCCAGGUGUCAUGAAUCUGCAUUCUCCAUCGCAUCACUACUGUGGAACUACAGGUUCCAGCAGUUCAUUUCUGUUCCAGUUCUAGUUUUCAGUCUACUGCAGCCUGGAGUACACAGUGCUUCAGCUAACUCACAGCUGAUCUGAACACCUAAUCCAGCGGGGUGUGUUCUCACAGAUGCAACAUCCAAUCAUCACAGACCAAGGGGUAUAAGCUCCAGUUCCUGGCUCAGUCUCAUUGCCUUGGACAACACGUCAUAUUCUGUGAACAGGCGUCUCCUGUUUGCAGUCCUCUGUCUGCAGAGAUACCCCUGUGUAUUGGACCUGUGGAACUACAGGUCCCAGCAGUUCCAGGUUCCAGCUCUCUUGCACGUCACAUUCUGUGAACAGGUGUCUCCUGUUUGCAGUCUUCUGUCUGCAGAGAUACCCCUGUGUAUUGGACCUGUGGAACUACAGGUCCCAGCAGUUCCAGUUCUGUUCCAGGUUCCAGUCUUCAAUUCUUUGUUUCCAGCAAUCUCCUAUUUCUGGCAUCUCCAAGUUGUUUCCCUGUUCCAGGGUUCCUGUGGAACUACAAGUAGCAGCAACCACCCCAGCUCUCCUGCGAGUCACAUUCAGUGUUCCAGUGUUCCUGUGUUCCAGUCUCCAGUCUUCAUUUUUCCAGUUUGCUACAAACUCCAGCCACAGUCUGCUACACCAAUCUGCAGUAAGAGACUUUCCUCAGGUGUGUUCUCAGUUCUCAGCCUCUUCACCUAAUUACCAGCAUUCCACACUGUGCAUUGCCUUUAGCACUUAACAUCUUGCUGUGUUAGGACUGUCUCCUGCUAGGGCCUUGCUUGGCUUAAAGACGUAUGCUUCUACAGAGACUGUGUGCUUUGAUGGCUAUUCGUUAUAUACCAGAGUUUUGUUUGCUGCAUCUGAUUUCAUUAUUGCCUUAUCAUUUAUAUCAAGUUUCAAGUUCAUCUUCAUUGCUUAUUUGUUACCAGUGACUUUUGAAAUAUUCAUUUAUCGGAUUAAGUUAUUAUUCAUUGUUCCUGUCAUCGGUUAUCCCUGUGUGAUAAUAAAUAUCAAGCGCACAUGCGUGGAACUUUUUGUCCGUUUCCCAGUUUUUUCUAUCACUCCUUCACUGACCCACUAGUGCCCCCUCCGGGGACAUACUAAAUCGGAAUCCUGACACCAGGCUUACGCUGCUUUUCCUGGAGGCCUGUUUCCUAGCUUUAACUGAGCUCCAGCGUACCCAGCAUUUCCAGUGUGUUUCCAGCUUUCACUGAGCUCCAGCGUUCCCAACGUGUUUCCAGCUUUCACUGAGCUCCAGCGUUCCCAGCAUUUCCAGUGUGUUUCUAGCUUUCACUGAGUUCCAGCAUUUCCAGUGUGUUUCCAGCUUUCACUGAGCUUCAGCAUUCCCAGUAUUUCCAGUGUGUUCCCAGCUUUCACUGAGCUCCAGCGUUCCCGGCAUUUCACUGAGUUCUAGUGUUCUUCAGCAUCGUUCACAAGUCAUUACUCAUUUCUUCAGUGUUCUUCAGCAUCGUUCACAAGUCAUCACUCAUGUCUUCGUUCAGUGUUCAGCAUCGUUGGUCAUCACUCAUUUCUUCAUUCAGUGUUCUUCAGCAUCGUUCACAAGUCAUCACUCAUUGCUUCAUUCAGUGUUCUUCAGCAUCGUGCACAAGUCAUCACUUGUUUCUUCACUCUGUGUUCUUCGGCAUCGUUCUCAAAGCAUUAGUUAUCUAUAAAUGUGUAUGAAGAAGACCUACAAACGGCCGUCUUUAUUUCGACCCAGCUCCGGUUCCUCUUCCCGACCAUCAAAAGAAUCUCCGAGUACCCAACUCUCCCGUUCCAGGUCUGUGACACUUUGAAUGUAUUCCAUUUACUACAACUCUGUUUUCUAUCCUGAAACCAAGAUUUUAUCCACCUCUCCUGCACUGCUUCCAAGUUCCUCCACUCUGCCAAAGAAUCGCUUACACAUUUUACCAUCCCUACAAAAUUAGCCUUCCUAAAAUCCAACGCCUUUGUUUUUGUAUGGGAUGAUGUCUUUAUGCUGAACCAUACUGCUUGGUGAUCACUGGAUUCCAGGUUUUCACCCACUUUUAUGUCAGAUAUUCUGUCUCCAUUUAUAAGUAGUAGAUCUAAUAUUGUGUCUUUCCGAGCGGGCUCCCUCACCAAUUGGUGGAGGGAUGCUCCCUGCAAGGAAUUCACAAUGUCCCUACUUCUAGUGGAACUAGCAAUAGACACCUCCCAGUUUACAUCAGGAAGAUUAAAGUCUCCCAUGAUUAUUACCUCUCCUUUUUAGUGCCAUUUUAACUCUUCAUUUGAACAUGCUGUGACCGUGUGAGUCUCCAGAUCAGUGACCCUUGCUGCUAGUCCUUGAGAAGAUGGCUGAUACCCCACGGCCCACCCUCAAUUGGUGGGCACCACCACCCAAUCUGGCACCACCCACGCGCUCGGCCAAAGAAGAGGCACCGACAGAGGUUGAACCUCCCUUACCAGAGGAGUCUACGCCAGCAGCCAGAGCAAGAGGAGACUCCACCAGAGAUCAGUCACCCCUUUCCCAGCGACUCCUUCCCGCAGGUCUUUCCGAUCCAUAUUGGCAGUGCUGGCACUGCAAUUUGCAGAUUGUACCACAAAAAAAGGAGGGUGCAGUGUGGAGGGGUUUGCCGGGUCCACCACUUCCCAAUGCCAGUCCCUGGGUUGCCAUGCGUGCCCACGUGGUGUGGCACAUCAUCACUUGGGUGAUACGGCAGGCCAAUGAGGAGCCGCCACGUCACCCAUCUCGCAGCAUCUCGGCCACCAGGGUCUUUCGUUUGGAAGCCGCUGGAGUAGAAGAGUUUCCUGUGGUAAGGAAGAUCAUUGGAGGCGCAGACUGGGCCCUGCAAUGGAUUUACCACCACGUGGGUUGGCAAAUCAGGUAAGCCUGCAGUGAGGUCUUAUCCUUUUUUUCUCUUACAGUGCUGUUCUCACCGCCACCCCACACACACACACACUAUACCACCACUAUCCAGUGCUAGGCCGCAUGCUCCAUCCCCAGUCGGUGGUAAGCCACAGCAUUGUAUAAUCCGGCGCUGGGCCACCGGCACUGUGGUUGGGUGUUAAACCCAAGUAUUGUGGUAAGCAGUCGGCCCCCAUCAAAAUUAGGCUGUGUUAAGUCUGCAGAUUCUCAACAGUCAGACCCCAAUUAAAGGUAGACUAUUGGUAUGGUGUCACCUUGUGCUGUUUUCGAUGGUUGUACUGGGAUUGUGUAGCUAGAGAGGGUUAGCAUAUUCUGGGCGGGAUGUACUAAUGCACAUCGCCACCCAGCGCCACGAUGCUUAUCACAAAUGUACUUACAUAUGCGAUCAGCAUUGCGGAGGACAGAUCUUCCAAUAAGAGCUGUCCUCCGCGAUGCGCAGCGGCUGCCUUACUUCCGGGUUUCGGCCCCCGGGAGUCAAUCUGCACAUGCGAAGGGUGAUGGAGGCGGGUGCGAGGCAUGCUGGGAGAGAUCCGAUCGGAUCCCUCACACAGCACCACGGAGAGAAGCCCAUAGGCUUCUAUGGGGUAUCUCCAGCAAAAGCUGGAGAACCCCACCGCGGCACUGACCUGCUGGCUGGGGGUUAGUACAUUAAGGCAAAGCGGUAAAUGGGAGUUUACUGCAUUUUCCAUUUAGUACAUAAUGUAUAUGUGCUGUUUUCUGAAUUUUUUAUAUUCACCAUCACUUAAUUGAUGAUGUCUUUUCCUGCUACUCUUCUGUUGGUUAGCUGUAGAAUAAAUAUCCGGUCUAUUCACAGUACAGACAUGUCUUGAUAAAAGUCGUUUAACCGAAACGCGUCGACUUCUGUACUGUAAGUAGCUGGAAAGUCAAAUCCCAUAUCUUAUGGACUUUUUAAUGGAUGUUUUAUCCAUCAAUACUGUGUUUAUUUGGAUUUUUUUAAUCUUUCCUUUUAAUUUUCUUCUGUUCUUGGAACUUUGGCGGUUUUUGUGUAUCCAUUCUACUUAUGUAUCGUAUUUUUAAACAUUAAAUGAACUUGUUGGACUGAUGGAAACCUAUCCCUCCCUUUUUUUUAAUUGAUGAAUGAAUUUGAGACGUAUCGGCACAAAAUUAAAGGUGGAGUUGUCUUUGCCAGUGGAGAAGAGCCUAAAGAUACCUUGGUAGGAGUCAACACCGCCGUUUUUGUGAGUCUAAAAAGGGUUCCUUGGACCAUUGGAAAACUGAGAAGAAUUAUCUACUAUCAAAUCUCUACCAAGGACUGUAUCAUCUCUUUCCUUGAAUACGAAAGGAACGUAAUAUUGAACAUAAUAUGCCGCCCCGCCGUCUCCUCAUGCUGGCUCCUCAUCAUGGGUUCUGCAGUGAGUUGCAGGACGGGACGCAGGCGUAACCAGAGGAAGUCCCUCAGCUCCGCACCUCCAGAAAGCUGUCUGGACAUUAACCUGGCCACAGAAGAAGAGCUGAUGACGUUGCCAGGUGUCACACGGAGCUUGGCACAAAACAUCACAGCACACCGCCGUAAGAUCCAUGGCUUCCGCCGGGUGGAGGAUCUAGCCCUGGUGUCGGGAGUAGGAGCUGAGCGGAUGCUGGAGCUGCGGCCGGAAAUCUGGGUGGAAAGGAACGCACUGUGCGGGGAAAGUAACGGGGCAGGGACGGUUCCCGGUGACACGCCUGAGGAUGGAACCAGCAAGGAGCAGUCUUCCUAAAGCCUCUUCAUGUGCACAGAUGGGACCCUAGCACUGGCAGCGGGAACACAGGGCGGAUGUCCCUGCACUGAGAACUCUCCCCACUUUCUGCCUGAAUUGGAAUCUCCGUCAGGAACGUGGACUGUUGCGAUAGAAGGUCUGCGAGUGUCCUGGGAACAGCGGUAAAAGCACUAGACAAUAGCAGAAUAGAUCCUAGGGACAACCACCUGUGUCCGGCUAUUCCCAUUACAUAGAUCUCACCAUCUCCAGUUACAUAUCAUCGCUACAAGUAUGUACUUACUGGGGGAGCAGACCUCUGUGUAUCACCAUGGACCCCAGUCUCCAAUCUACCUAUGCAGAACCGUGGCUCACGUCUGCAUGGUGCGCUCUAAUCCGGAUUCCUGGUUUACGUCUGCAUGGUGCGCUCUGAUCCGGAUUCCUGGCUCACGUCUGCGUGGUGCGCUCUAAUCUGGACCCCUGGCUCACGUCUGCAUAAAGCGCUCUAAUCUGGACCCCUGGCUUACAUCUGCAUGGAGCGCUCUAAUCCGGAGUCCUGGCUCACGUCUGCAUGGUGUGCUCUAAUACAGAGUCCUUGCUCACGUUUGCAUGGUGCGCUCUAAUUUGGAUCCCUGGCUCACGUCUACAUGGAGCGCUCUAAUCCGGAGCAUGGCUCACGUCUGCAUGGAGCACUCUAAUCCGGAGCCCUGGCUCACGUCUGCAUGGAGCGCUCUCAUUCCGGAGCCCUGGCUCACGUCUGCAUGGAGCGCUCUAAUCCAGAACCCUGGCUCACAUCUGCAUGGAGCGCCCAGAGGAUGCCUUGCACCUAUAACUACUUAUUAUAAGAGGUGUGGCCAGCAUCGUUGCCAGAGGAACAUGGACCUGUCUGUUACUAGCAGCUUUAUAGGUAACAGAACCUUGCAGAACUGGCCUGAAUGUAAAAUAUAAAGGUAAUGAAUUGUGCGAUCAAUAAAACAAGUUGUGUUGUUAUUAA